AAAAUAAUGAUUUUUAACGCAACACAUGACUAACUGUGUGUAGUCUCGUAACAAUUCUAAGCAUUGAUUUCCGGCAGGACAAUCGGAGCUACGAUGACAUCGGUACUUGGUUUAAAUGAGCACCACCAAGCUCAAGUGCUUGCAUACAUGCGUUUUGUACGAUUUCAUCGAAGUCAGCAACUUCGUGCAAUAAGUUCCUGUUUUAAUGAUGUGAAAUGCAGUAGGCUCACUGAAGAUACUUACACUAAUUAUGAAGUUGAAGAAUUGUUAGAUGGACUACUUCAAGUGAUUAGAGGUGAUAUGGAGUCAGAACUGAUUAACAUGGCUCAUACCAACAUAUUGCUUUUGCGACAAAUGUUCCAGCAAUCGGAGAACUGGCAUUUGAAAUUGAAGGCUGAUAUAUCUGAACUUGAGAAUGUAGAACUUUUAGAAAAAAUUAAAUUAUUUGAAGAACAAGAAUUUUCAAGCAAAAAGAAAGACUCUCCUGUUAGAGUAAAACUGAUGCCAAUGAAUGAAUCUGGUGGUUCUGAUUUACUUCAGAUGCGUAUUACUGAAUUAGAAGAAGAAAAUGCUCGACUCAAACAAAAACUGUCACGCCUUGAAGGUCAGGCAAUUGAUGUUCUGAAUCAGAAAGAAAAAUUAUCUGAGAGGCUCAUCUUAAGCGAGAAACAAUUAAAAAAUAUUCCUAAUUGGCAACAUCAGAAACCAGAUAAUGAUGAAGUCAUUCAAGACCUGGAAAAACAAAUGACUGAUUUGAAGACUGAACUCCAGAUGAACCAAAACACACAACCGAAAUUGCUGGCUGUUGAAUCUGAUCUUUCUGUUACCAAACAGGAACUGCUGAAAGUAAAUGAAAUGUUGGAGUUAGCUGAAAAGGAAAUGGAGAAGAAGGUAUCCCAGACAGCACCUUUCAAAAAUCUCAAAUCAAUGCUACAGAAGAAAAACGAGCAAAUAAAAGAAUUGAGGCAAAGAUUAUCAAAAUAUGAAGAAACUGAGGAUGCAUAGAGAUAAUAUAGAGAAACUGAGGAUGCAUAACAACAAUGCAAAUGGUAACCGUCUAUCUGUUAAGUCCGUCCAGUUGCACACAAUCAUUCCACAUUUAAAAUUUAAAAGCAAAAAUCCUCAAUCUUUUUUUUUUUAUAUAUAUUAAUUUAUGCUAUGGCACAAAUGCUUUUCUCUUUUUCUUUUCUAAUUUUCCUUGAUAGCUUCUGUCUGUCAUUGAGAUAGAUAUAUUAGAUGAAUUGUGGGGAGCUGUUUGCCGAUCAAACAAUUCAUUCGUACUCACGCAGAUGUAAAUAGUAUUUGCAAUCUAUUGAGAGGUUUUAUUAGAUCAGACCUUUAUUUAUCACACUGAGAUAUUUGAAUUAUUUAGGAACUGUUGAUUAUUAAGCUUACUCAUUUUUGAUCUCUUACCAGAUUAUCAAAUUUCAUUGCAGUAUUAUUUCCACCUUUAUCUCAUGGAUUAACUUAAUGAAUACAGAAGCACCUUCUCAUGCAUUUUCGCAAAAUAUCAGUAUUUUUACAGUGAAAGAAAAUUACUAAAUAAUAAAUAACGUUCCGUCCUAUCACAUUAAAGAUGAAAAAGAUUAUACAUAUCAAAACUGCUGCCUUAACUCUGUAGACUUGUUAAGACAGUUAUUGCAUAUGUGUGUGUAUAUAUAUAUAUAUAUAUAUAUGUGUAAAAGGUUGAAAUAUAUAUAUACACAUAUACAUACAUACAUACAUGCACACACUCAUAUAUAUGUAUAUAUAUAUGAUGAAUUGAGUAGAUGGAAAUUGUGUGGAACUCCAAUGAAUAGACCAUACUUGUGAUAUGAGGUCUGAGUCAUGUCUCUCUCAAUCUCACAUUAAUUCUGAUUGAAGAACAUAAGAACAUAUGUUAAAUGUCUGCAUAUGUCUGUUGAAUUUUCAUCAGAUUUAUAUUUUAAUUCACUGAGUACAUAUUUCUAUUGAUUGAAUGACUGAAAUGUCAAAAAUCAAUAUUAGAGUCUAUUACAAAUGUGUGUGUGUGUGUAUGUGUAUGCUGUAUAAGUGUUAACUUAAGGUCAUUAUUUUAAAGCAAGCUUUGGGAUAAUAAAGCAUUUGCUGAUUGUAAGAGUCAAUAUAGAAAUUUGAGUCAAAGGUUAUAAAAUUAAUUUUGACUGGGACAGGUUGAAUAAUAAGCCAUUUGGUGAAACUUAAAGGCCCCAGUGAAAAUGAAAUUUACAAUAUGUGGAUGUGUGUGUGUAAAGAGAGAGAGAGAGAGAGAGAUAUAAUAUUAUCUGUACCCAGGUCAAGCUGAUACCUAAUCAAGUCAAACGCAUUAACUGUAAACAAGUUGAAUCUAAACCCAAUUAAGUCUUACAUAUAGAAAUGUAAUAUGUAUACAUUUAUGGAUAUUUACUUUUACACAUACAUUCAUAUUUAAAAUGUUUACAUUUAGUUUUAUGACAAUUUAUUAUCUUAUAAAAGUGUAGUUACUUAGUAAUUAUAUUUUGUCUGUUAAUACUUUUCUCUCUUCACAAAUUCAAAAAUAAAAUUUUGAAAAUUUCA